AUGGGAGUAGAACAUUCUAUGUUCAAGGAUAGGAACACACUUUGCGAACAAAAUUUUGAAUUAAUCGGAAAAUUUACUGACAGGCUGUAUUGUGUUAGAACAAAUGAACAUCUCGGUUGUGGUGGUUCUUUAUCACUCCGAGACUUCAAUAGAGAACAUGCCAAGUUGACCGACAUUCAAUGUCCCCACCAAAAUAUGUUUAUCGAGAGCCUCCCGAAGGGACCUAUACAUACUGUUCCAGGGUGUGGUUGUGGUGAACUGAAACAUACUUUUGAUGGCAAAAUUAUGGAAAGUCAGGAUACUUCUUUCGCACUGGAAGAAGUCCGCUCCAUCACCUAUGUUCUUCAACUUGAAUACUCGAAAGCUUCUGUGAAUGUCUUGGUUUUUAGUACGGUUCUCCUCAUAUAUUUAUGCAGUGCUCGAGCCUCCCCUGAAGAUGAAAGAGGAUAUAAUAUUCAGGUUUAUUCAACCACUCUUGAUAUGAAUGCAGUCAUUUUCUUUAGCUUAUUGCUAAAUCUUCAAAAUCACCAUCAAACAGUUUUGCCGUUGCUGUCACAUUCAUAUCAUUCUGCAAUGUUAAGUACGUUCAUUUGCAAGGGAUCACGUAGAGAACGUGACAAUUGUUGCUCAGCCAUUUUUCACUCAGUCAACAGCCGAUCAACAAACAAAUUGUGGAGCCUCCAGGUGUCCCCUUGCCAAAGCCGAGAGUCAAAUAACAUAUUAAUCUAUCAUGUUGGUUUAUAUCUCAAACUUUCCCUUGAAGAAAUGACUUUCAUCUUCAUAAGGAAUUCACCAUAUGAUUAUAUGCUAUGUCAGAAGAGAAUUGUAGGUUGUGAUGUCAAUUACUUUGGUGGAUCAAGCCCGUUUGUCUCAUUUUUUAUGCAAAAUUUAAUAACUUCACAUCUCUCAGAAUUUGAAUUCGAACACUUUUCUCAACCAAAUAUUUCAUAUAAGGAAUCAUGCCUCUUGAGACUUGGAGAUGCUUACCUUAAUUCACCACAAGAAAAAAGCAACUCCACGCCAAAGAGAACUAUGAUGACAAAUUCACCUCAGAUUAUGUGCACGCAGAUAUACACAUAUUCUAACCAUAGUGAAGGCACGUAUAGGCUGAUCGUUUCGAGUGGACAAUUCUCUUUCUCCGCAGUAACCACCGUCAUGUUCGAUCGGCUUGAAAAGGCAACUGUUAGAAAAAAACGAACAGUGAUUGAGAAAUCACUGGUUGUUCUACGAAAUGAAUGCUUCGGCAAUUACCUUGUAAUAAUAGGUAAUGAGUCAGUUUGCUAUGUAUUUCUACUCUAUCUCACAGCAGUAGUUCUUUCAGAGUGCCCUACAGUGAAACAGCCCUUUCAGGGUUCUUCACAAUGUUUAAGGUCCACUUCUGUUCUUGGUACAUUUCUGUGGUUUCAUGAAAACUGCUUAGAAGAAUGGCUAGAGGAAUAUGACACAACCUGUAUGGAUGUAAUGAAUAGGCAAAUUUUAGACUAUUUUAUAUUUUUAAAAAUAUCUAUAUUUAGCUUUUGGAAAACUAUUGUGGUUUACCAACUAGCUACUGGUUUACAUGAACAUUCCCAUAUUUUAGACGUGGCAAGAAAGGGUGCAAACUGGCAAAUGAAUUGUUACGAACAAAUUUUUGGUUGCCACGUUUUGUCUCACAACAUGCUUUGGGAUGAUAAAAUCUAA